AUGGAUGUCUUACCCGCAUACCCCGGUACACACGGGGUGGACAAGAAAGAAGACGAAUACUCUGCAGAUGCUGAAAAGAGGGAUAUCGCCGCUGGCCAAGUCCAGGAUGCAUUCGGAAGCGAAGAGGACGCUGAGAUCAAGUACAAAACCUUGACUUGGUGGCAAUGUGGCUUGCUCAUGAUUUGUGAAUCUGUUUCCUUGGGUGUGUUGUCUCUGCCAGCAGCCGUGGCUACAUUGGGUCUCGUCCCAGGUGUUAUCUUGAUCGUCGGCCUUGGUCUUCUUGCAUUGUACACAGGUUAUAAUAUUGGUCUGUUUCGCGAGCGGUAUCCUCACAUUCAGAGUCUGGCAGAUGCCGGAGAAAUCCUGCUCGGCCGCUUUGGGCGCGAGCUGUUCGGUCUGGGCCAAUUUCUCUUUUGCAUCUUCGUCAUGGGAAGUCAUAUUUUGACUUUCCGUGUCAUGAUGAAUACCAUUACCGAGCACGCUACCUGCUCCAUCGUGUUCAGUGUGGUAGGUAUGCUCAUUUCAAUGAUAUUAUCUAUCCCGCGAACGAUGAAGGGAAUGACGUGGGUUUCAUUCGCCUCGUUCCUCAGUAUCUUUGGCGCGGUCAUGAUUACCAUGAUCUCUGUGUCUGUGCAGGACUUCCCUGGCCGGACUAUCGAUGCCACGGUAGAGACAAACCUGUACACGGGAUUCCAGGCCGUGUCCAAUAUUGUCUUCGCUUACUGCGCGCAUGUAGCCUUCUUUGGUCUCAUCGCAGAAAUGGAGAACCCCAAGGAUUUCAACAAGUCUUUACUCAUGUUGCAGUCAUUCGAGAUCUGCUUGUACCUCACCGCUGCUGUUGUCAUCUAUUACUAUGUUGGCACUGAUGUUCACUCUCCUGCCUUGACCUCUGCCGGACCCGUAAUGAAGAAGGUUGCCUAUGGCAUCGCUAUCCCCACGAUUGUUGGCGCCGGUGUUGUAAACGGCCACAUUGGUCUGAAGUAUAUCUAUUUCCGGGCCUGCCGCAAGUCAGACCUUCUGCACAGCCGCAGCUGGAAGUCCGUCAGCAUCUGGCUGGCGCUAGGAUUUGUCUGUUGGGUUGUCGCGUGGAUUAUCUCCGAGGGUAUCCCUGUCUUCAGCAAUCUAAACAGCUUGAUUAGUGCCCUCUUCGCCAGUUGGUUCAGCUAUGGGCUGAGCGGAAUUUACUGGCUGCAUCUGAACUAUGGCCAAUGGCUGUCCAGCCCAAGUAAAAUUCUCUUGACCAUACUCAACAUUGGAAUUGCGCUAAUUGGUCUUAUCCUUUGUGUCUUGGGUUUAUAUGCUUCGGGAACGGCUAUUCAUAAUGAUGCUAGCAGUACCGUCUUUUCCUGUGCUAAUACUGAUACAUAA